AUGUAUCCUUGUGGCUACGUUGCUGAGGUCACGAACCUGUCUCCUCGAGCCACUGAGAAAGAUGUUCAUAGUUUCUUCUCUCAUUGUGGAAUCGUCGAGCUCGUCCAGAUCACUGGAUGCCAAGGGGAGGAUGCGUUAACGGCCUAUGUAACUUUCAGAGAUGCGUAUGCUCUUGAUAUGGCCGUGUUGCUUAGCGGAGCUACCAUCGUUGAUCAAACCGUCUCGAUAUCCAUGUACGGUGUCUACUUACACGAAUCUAGCAAUCCCACACUCACACAAGAAGAAGUUUAUGAUACUGUAACGGUCACUCAAAGUCACGUGGACGCGUUUGCUCCAUCUCCUGGAGAAGCAGUAACGGUGGCUCAACAAGUCGUCAAGACAAUGAUCGCUAAAGGCUACGUUCUAAGCAAAGACGCGAUCGGUAAAGCGAGAGCUUUGGACGAGUCUCAGAGAUUCUCGAGCUUGGUAGCGAACAAAUUGGCAGAGAUCAGCCACUACAUUGGCCUCACGCAGAACAUUCAGUCGAGUAUGGAAAUCGUGAGAUCAGCGGACGAGAAGUUUCAUUUCUCGGAUUUCACUAAAUCUGCGGUUCUUGUGACCGGAACGGCUGCUGUGGCUGCGGCCACCAUUACAGGCAAAGUGGCUGCUGCAGCAGCGACUAGUGUGGUCAACAGUACUUACUUUGCUAAUGGGGCUUUAUGGUUCUCAGAUGCUUUGGGCCGGGCUGCAAAAGCAGCGGCCCAUAUGGCUGGUGGAGGAAGCGAUUGA